AAAUAUUAAGAGGUAUCCAUUAAGAACCUACAGGUAGUGAGAUGAUUGGAGGGUUAAGAAGGUCCGCUAUUAGAGCGUAUGCCACCAAGUCAAGUCCAAUAAUAUCGUCGAGUUUAUUGUUGUCAAGAAAUCCAGUUGUAACGGCAGAUUUAGAUCCAUUUCAAAGUCAAUUCUAUAAAUAUCAACAAGAAUUAUGGAGAAGAUUAAUGUGGACAUUCCCUAAAUGGUUUUAUUUUAGAGAAGGUACUUUAGCAGAACAAAGAUAUCGUCAAUUGAAUAGAGAUCCUGUAGCUUAUAAUCCAGAUCUUGAAUUUCCAAGAGGUAAACCUGAAAUUAGACAUAGAAGAGAUAGAAGAUUUAAACAAGAGAUUAAACUUCCAAAGACUUAUAAACUAGCAGAAGAUCUUGCUGAAGGUGAAACACUUCCUGUAGUCUCUAAAAAUGAUUUAGCUCGUCAAAUUAUUCCAAAUUCUCGUAUAACUGAAGCUGAUAAAGUUAAUGAUCUUACAAGUUUAGAAAGGAAAUUAAGUCGUACAUUAUAUUUAAUUAUAAAUCAAAAUGGAAAAUGGAUUCUUCCAAACUUUACUGAACAAUCAUCUGAAGUACCUACUGCAUUACAUAAAUUAGCCGAAGAUGGUUUGUAUCAACUUGGAGGUGAAAAAAUUAAUUACUUUAAUGUUUCUAAUACUCCAUGUCAUUUACAUAUUAAUCAAGCUGAAAAUAAAAAGGAAUUCAUUAUUAAGUCUCAUAUCUUAUCUGGUGAAUUCAAACCACAAGAUGAAUCAUUAAAAUACUUAUGGUUAACCAAAGAAGAAUUAAAGGAUAAGUUGGAUGCAAAGUAUUAUUACGAAAUCAAUCACUUAUUCAGUGACGUGUAAUUUAAGUUUCAGCAUGUACCAUCAUAUAUAUAAAUAUAUAUAGUUCGUUGUA